GUGAGGCUGGUGGGAGGAGGCAGUCGCUGUGCUGGUGGAGUGGAGUGGUACGACCAGGGAGAGUGGAGGACUGUGGGAGCUGAUGACUGGGACCAGAGGGAUGUAGCUGCAGUAGUGUGUAGACAGAUGGGUUGUGGCUCCACUGUUUCAGUACCACCUGGAAACACCACUAGAGGGUUUGGAGUUUCCUGUUCUGGGUCUGAUUCUUCACUGAGGGAGUGUAGAAGAACGUAUGAUCUCCUUUCUGGACUCACAGUGAUCUGCUCAGAUCUCCUGGUCCAGCCUGAUAUCUUCCUGACUGACCCAAUGGGAGGGGUCUUCAGGGGGCACCAGGGGCCUGAGAUGUUCAGGGGCUACAACUUCACCAUCACCUGCUCCACUCAGCCACAGUACCCAGGAGGCUCCUUCCUCCUCACGUUCACCAGCUCCAACAGAACCCAGCCAGCUGUCAAUCACUCUGCUGCCUUCCUCUUCCCUGCUGCAGAUGACUCCCACCAAGGGAACUACAGCUGUGUUUAUGAGAAUUAUGUUUUCUCUCAUAACUUCUCCUCUGAGAGUGAGCUCCUCUCCCUCACCAUCACAGAUCUCCUGGUCCAGCCUGAUAUCUUCCUGACUGACCCAAUGGGAGGGGUCUUCAGGGGCCACCAGGGGCCUGAGAUGUUCAGGGGCUACAACUUCACCAUCACCUGCUCCACUCAGCCACAGUACCCAGGAGGCUCCUUCCUCCUCACGUUCACCGGCUCCAACAGAACCCAGCCAGCUGUCAAUCACUCUGCUGCCUUCCUCUUCCCUGCUGCAGAUGACUCCCACCAAGGGAACUACAUCUGUGUUUAUGAGAGUUAUGUUUUCUCUCAUAACUUCUCCUCUGAGAGUGAGCUCCUCUCCCUCGCCAUCACAGCCUCUCCUCUGCCAGCCUUCAUCAUCAGACACGUUGUAGUGCUGAUCAAUCCAGAGCGUCUUCUUUUUCUGAAAUUCACCCUCACCUUUGAUGCGCAUGAAUCAAGUUAUCUGGACAUGUUGAUUAAGAGGGAGAUUGGUGGCUUUAGCACAGACCUAUACAGGAAGCUGAUGGACAGGAAUUCCCUGAUAGCUUCCAACCUACAACCCUAG